UGAUGGACGAACUGUGUACCCGCGUAGAGCGCUGCGAUCGGAGUGAUAAACAUUAGAAUGAAAGAAGCGCUUUUGGUUCCCACGUGACAAAAUGUCCGUGGCGUUCCCACCGGCGCGGGCCAGGGCCAAAGGGCACGUGACGCAGCACGCGAUCCAAACGAUGCUGGAUGAAAAUAAUCAUCUAAUACAAUGUAUUAUGGAUUACCAAAGCAAAGGAAAGAGCGAUGAAUGCACACAGUAUCAGCAGAUCCUGCACAGAAAUCUAGUGUACUUGGCCACAAUAGCCGAUUCGAAUCAGAACAUGCAGUCACUACUACCUGCACCUCCCACUCCCAACAUGUCUAUGGGUCCCGGAGGGAUGGGCCAGAGCGGGGGACACGCUCCAAACCACCUCAAUGACGCCAUGGCACCAGGACUGCCCCCCGCAUCAGUGAUGCAGAGCCAAAUGAGCAACGGCUCUAGCCACGCCCCCAUGCAGCAGCACGCCGCCCAGGUGCAGGCGGCUGUUCCCCCCGCGUCCCUCAGCCUGCGAGCGGGCGGCUACGGCCGCGCUGCGCCUCCCUCUCAGGGCAACGGGCCUGGUUGUGGCCCUUCCUCUUCCUCCACCCGCGGAAACCUCAGCGUGCAAUCCAGCCAAGCCUCCAUGACGCAUCAGCAGUCUGCUGCGCCGCACUACUCCUCGGCCCAGGUCGGGGGUCAAUACUAUCAGGGACAGCCGGCCAUGAUGGGUGCGGGCGCUCAGGGAAACGGCGUGAUGCCCCAGAGGCCCCUGGGAUCCUACCGCUCCGCACAGCCGGGUCACGGGGAGUACUCGUAUCAGCAGUCCUCAUAUGGCGAGCAAGGCUACGACGGAUCCUUCGGCGACUCCCCACAGCAUUACUACGAAGGAGGCAACCCUCAGUGCAGUCAGCAGCAGGCCCAGUACCAGCAGGGAUCCGGCCAGCAGCAGUAUUCCUCUCAACAAGGCUACGGCGGAACGCCACACGGAGGAUACGGUGCAGGCCAGGCUGGAUCCUCUCAGUAUCCUCAGUACCAGCGGGGUCAGAGCGGUCAGUACGGAUCCUACCGCCCCUCUCAGGGAGGCUCCGGGGCGCCGACGCAGAGGCCGCGCGCGUAUGAAACGGGUCAGUAUGGGAACUAUCAGCAAUAAAGUAGCACGCCGCCGUCCAAAAACCGGAAAAAAGAACGAUUCAACUGUGGAGUAGAAGCUGCGUCAGAUGUCUCAGCCUCUCAUUAAUCACCAGUAGAAUACAUAAUCAAAUACGAUGCGUCUGUUCUGCUCGCUACAGAGAUGCGUCGCUGAGGUUCUUCAGCGCUGCCGGCCUCCUUACGGACCGUCAGGGGGCUUUAAUGGAAUAAAAGCAGUUCCGUAUGGAUUAAAUAGGCACUCGCGUGAUUCAAUGGGCCUCAACAAAUUGCGUGCAUUCUUCUGUCUUUGCCCUCCACUUGUUUUUAUCCGAGCUCAGGCUUCUAAUAUAAAUCUAAUUUAUCAAGUCUCCUAUUUUUGUGCUUUUUUUUUGUGUGCGUAGAGCAGGUUCGGGGUUUGUGAGGCUGAGGCGAUAAAAAGCAAAUGUUCCUUGAUAUUUAUCCAAUAGGUCUGCAGCAGUAACGCAGAGAAGAGACACCUUAUUGUCUCUCGAUGAGGGAAAUAGAAGGACAUGGCGGUGAAGUCGCUCUUAAGCCUGACUUGAUCGUGGGCCCGUGUUAGUCAAACAUGUGAUGUGUUGCUGUGUGCUCCAACACGAUGUGCUUUCACUCUCUAUGUCCGUCCGUCUGAGGUGAUUCAAAGAGCGCGUCAUUGUCCACGCGUGUCACGCAGGGUUGUGGUAGUCAUUUAUUUUUGGCAGUCUACAGCGACACGUCGUUGGGUCAGAAGAGGAGCACACUUCCCAGACGCCAAUCAGUAAAAGGUCUUUACAUGAAAAACACACUUUAUUUUGCAAUGACAGACUGAUAUUUUGUGUUGUAGUGCGAUUUGGGCCUUUUUUUAACAAACCAUCUUCUUGAAGCCAAAGUAGCUCUCCGGCACCUCCUCAUUUAGUGCAAUACACUCAUGUUGAGAUCAGUUUAAACUGUAUAUCAUUAUUAGUAGUUGACACAAUGACUAUAGGGCUGGUUUGUCUAAUGCUAUUAAAUAUUAUGUUGCGGGUUUCAACUGACAUAUUAAGGAAAACUAUGGUCUCUAUUUAUGUGACAGCUUGUGUGAAGUAAAGUUUUUCAGUGAUCAGGUUUAUCAUUAUCUUUUGUAUUAGAGGAAAAAGUGAUGUUUACGAUAGGAUAAGUGGUGAAAGGGUUAUUUUCUUAGUUUGAGGAGUAAUGGGGAUUAUUAUUGUGGUUGUGAGGCUCCAGUUGUGCAGUUUAUUCUGAAAGUCUAACUUGACUUGUCUCACAGAGGUAAAAUAAUAAUGGUUAUAAUAAUAGUUCAUGGGUUGUCAAAAUGAACGUGUUAAUCUAUGCGAUUAAUGUGGCCGAGAUUAAUGCGAUAAACUAUAUUAACGCAACUUUGUUUACUUUCGGUCUUCCGGCGUGCGGGAAGUAAACACAGUUGACCCCGGAAACGCCGCCGCCGCUAGCUGCAGUCUCACCACCAAGUUACAUCGUCCUUGAAUUCCAAUAUAAGUUCAUAGAUAUAGAGUUCAUAGAUAAGGGCUACGAGGACAAUGGUUCAUUUGAAGAGUGUUAUUAAUUUAUUUGUAGAUUAAUUUUCAUGUUGUUUAAUUAGUUCAUAUUAUUUUGCGUUAAUACGUUUUCUUUUGUUUGCAUUUGUUAACAUAUAUAAAAAUACUCCGUUUCCUGACAGUC